AUGAAAUCUACACCCUCUUUGAGCGUGAUCAUUGAUCCCUCUGCAUUUCUGGGCGGCAUUGCGGUCAUAAAAAAGUGGAAAUCAGAUAAAGUGAAAUUGGUGAUUCCAGAAUACACGUUGCAAGAGCUCGAUCACCAAAAGAAGUCACGUACUCUCACUGGCUAUAAUGCUAGGGAAAGCGUUAGGUUCAUUGGCCAAGCGCUAAAGAUCCCCGGUUUUUUGACCACACAAAAUCCCAAAGAUCCUGGUCCUAGGUGGGAGAAGUGCCCUAAUUUCAGGGUGAGAAAUCCCACAGAAUCUGAGCUUGUGGGUAUUAUCGAGAGCGAGAACAGGCAUGCUACUUCUUCUAAGCUGCCUGUCACAUUCUCCGAGGAUAAGGCAUUGGUUAUGAAGGAGCUAUUUAACUUGGAAGAGAAUGAGGCUGGAAAAUCAAAUCAAAGAUACAACGCAAAGGUUCCCUCUAGGCUGAAGUCUAUGCUGAGGUUCUGUAUCCAGAAGAUCCACAUCGAAAAGACUAAAGGCAACUGGUGGAUUCUAUGCGAAGACCCCAUCAGCACGGCUUGGUAUCGAUGCUUCGGAUUCCAGGUCAUGUCAGUAUUGGAAACAGAGGCGUACCUUCGAAAUGGAGAUUGUUCUUUGGAAAUGCCAUCUCAAACAAGUGUCCAACAUCAGAGUUUUAAGGACGUAACAUAUGAGUCCAGAGGACGGGGAGAACUCUGGACGAGUUGA